UACACAAUUACAUUUGUUAAACAUAUAGUAUACAACUAUUAUUAACUAUUUAUUUAUAAUACCCCAAAAUCUCAAUUUAUAGUCACUCAAAAAUGGAGGCUUUUUCCACCUUCAUUUUAGAAAGUUAUUAAUUUAAAAUUCAUUUAUUAAUUUAAAAUGUAUUAAAUAAAUCUAUAUUUUUGUGAAGCUGCAGUGACAAUGACCAUUGUUAAAAUCCAUAUACUAAUUAAAUGCAAUUGAUAUAAAAUUGGACUUGGACAGUGGUAAGAAACCCACAUGAGCAUCAGGAGCACAUGAGGAACUCAAAGUGGACUCUAACCUAAGAUCAGACUUCAAAGGUGGAAAACUUGGUCUAUAGAUUGGAUUCAACUUCAUUGCAUACGUUAUGGUACAAGGCCACGAAAUGCUGUUAGCAUCUAACCGGAAGUGCAUUGGCAGUAGUGUAAAAUAUUUACAUAUUUACAUAAGUGAAACAUUUCUAUGCAUGCGCAAAAUUAUAUGGACUGUGCAAAAAAAGAAGGCUAUUAAAUACAGUGUGCAACAUAUGCAACAUAAAGGUUAUUAUAGAGCAUUUUGAGUAUUAAAGUGUGUAUAAAGUAUAUGAUGAGCAUUAAAAAUGGUAUAUAAGUAGGAUAUAUAAUGUAUAUAAAUCUUCCAUAAAACAUCCAUAAGAACAUAUAUGUUAAUAAAACAUAUAGAUUGUUUCCAUCAGAUCAGAACAAAGCAUCAGUGUGUCAGUGUGGCAUUUACUCUACAAUCACCGGUGAUAAUGUAAUUAAAUUAUAAUUAAUGUUUAAUAUCUUUAAUGUAAAUGUAUUAAAAUGUGUAGCAUUCAUGUGACUUUUCCUGCAUUACACGCUAAUACUAAUACUGAUAUAACAUUUGGCUUGUAGAGCACAGACUGUUAAACAGCAGGUUGUUAAAGCGCAAGUGAUGGAGUGAGAUGUAACGCCUUCACUUUAUGGCGCUGUUUUUCCUCAGGCCACGCCCCCUACUCCCCUUCCCGUCCAAUCACAGAGCCGGGUUCAAACAACGAUGUAAAUUUGUGGAGCUCGCACCACGGGCACGCCGUCACCGAUCGCCGCAGUGUGUGUUUGUGUGUGUAGCGGGUCAGUGUGUGUAGUACGGCAGCGCAAUGGAGGUGCGCAAAGGACACACCGCAGCGCACUGGAACCGAGUCAGGGAAGAGAUGCAAUAAUAAUGGAAAGUACAUGAAGUAAUAAUAAUAUUAUUAAUAAAAGAAAGUAAGAAAGGAGCGCUUUGUUCAAGAAGAUGAUUCAGUGUAAAGUUGUGAACAGGAGCCCAAAUGUGCAGCUAAUUCAGCAUUUGUUCAUAUAAGCUUAGGAUUGAAAAACAAAGUCUGAAUUGCAGCUCGGAAUGAACCAGCAGCAUUGAGAGAGGUGCGUAAUGCGCAAGUAGCUUUACAGGUAAACUUCAGCUGUACUUCACAGAAACAUCAUUAAUAAAAGCACCAUGUCGGCCAUCAGAAGGAAAUUCGGUGAGGAAUACCAGGUUGUGAACACAACUCGAGCUGCGUCUUUCUCCGCGCCGGCCAAGCGCAAAAGGCAGCGCUUCGUGGAGAAGAACGGACGCUGCAACGUGCAGCACGGGAACCUGGGCGGCGAGACGAGCCGCUACCUCUCGGACCUGUUCACCACGCUGGUGGACCUGAAGUGGCGCUGGAAUCUGCUUAUCUUCCUGCUCACCUACACGGUGGCGUGGCUCGUCAUGGCUUCCAUGUGGUGGCUGAUCGCGUACGCACGUGGAGACCUCGGCCGUGGCCACGACCCCGACUACACGCCGUGCGUGGCCAACGUGUACAACUUCCCCUCCGCCUUCCUCUUCUUCAUCGAGACCGAGGCCACGAUCGGCUACGGGUAUCGCUACAUCACGGAGAAGUGCCCCGAGGGCAUCAUCCUGUUCCUGUUCCAGUCUCUGCUCGGUUCCAUCGUGGACGCCUUCCUCAUCGGCUGCAUGUUCAUCAAGAUGUCGCAGCCGAAGAAGCGCGCCGAGACGCUCAUGUUCAGCCAGGACGCCGUGAUCUCGCAGCGGGACGGAAAACUCUGCCUCAUGUUCCGCGUGGGGAACCUCAGGAACAGCCACAUGGUGUCGGCUCAGAUCAGGUGCAAGCUCAUCAAGUCUCGUCAGACACCUGAGGGGGAGUUUCUACCCUUGGACCAAAGAGAGCUGGACGUUGGGUUUGGGACGGGCGCCGACCAACUCUUCCUCGUCUCUCCUCUCACCAUCUGCCACGAGAUUACUCCCAAGAGCCCGUUCUUCGACCUCUCACAGCGCUCGCUCAUGAGCGAGCAGUUUGAGAUUGUUGUUAUCCUUGAAGGGAUAGUGGAAACCACAGGUAUGACAUGCCAGGCUCGGACAUCUUACACAGAGGAUGAGGUGUUAUGGGGGCACCGCUUUCUUCCUGUUAUGUCUCUUGAGGAAGGUUUUUUCCGAGUGGACUAUUCACAGUUCCACAGCACUUUCGAGGUGCCCACACCUCCUUACAGUGUUAAGGAACAGGAGGAAUCAUCUUGCCUGCCUUCCCCUGCUCCUCCUCUUACCCCGACUUCAGGAGAUCCACGAAGUCGCAGAGAGCGCAUCUUUUCCCUUGAUUUUGCCUCCAAUACCGAAGGAAUGGCUUCUAGGUUGCCCAGCAAACUCCAGCGUAUGAGCUCGAGAAAUGGCAAUGAAGCUGGUAAAGGCAGCAGUUCACAAGCAGCUGAAAAAACAUCUAACACAGGUGACCCCUUACGCUCAUCAGUCAGAUUGGAGGAGUCCAACAACCAGAUGAAAGCGGAGCCUCAUAUCCUGUCAGUAGGAGAACUGGAGCAUCACAGACUGUCUCUAAUGCCUACUUCUCUGACAGGGCCUAACCUCAACCAGUUGCCAGUGGCUGGCGGCCGGCCUGAGGACAGCCUACCCGAGAAGCUGCGCAGGAUGAAUGUGGAGCGCUGAGCUGACCAUGAGCUGAUACUGUGGACUUUUAACCAGAACAGACUGAUUAACUGAGGCUUUGGGAAGAGAAAGCUAGUUUUGAAACACAAAAUAUACAAACUUUACUAUACAAAAUAUAAACCUUAGCUGGA